UAAUUAAUCGUGCCCUUCCUGGUGUGAGACAACAACAGUGAUGGCGGCUGCUGCACGGUUCUUCAUCCGAGGCGCAAACUCGAAACUCAUCGGUGUUGGUACCGGGGCUCACAGCUCUUUCGGGGCCACACUGCUGAAACUGUCACCGAGCUGCAACUCCCGUUCUAAGACACAACGAAGACAUGCGAUGCACUUUACCUACCAGCCUGACCCCGUCCCGACUCAGUAUGGUCCUACGCAGAAGAUGAACUUUUUCCAGUCAGUUACAAGUGCCUUGGACAAUACCCUUGCCAAUGACCCAACUGCAGUCAUCUUUGGCGAAGACGUUGCCUUUGGUGGAGUAUUCCGAUGUACAGUGGGUCUGAGAGACAAAUAUGGCAAGGACAGAGUCUUUAACACUCCCCUUUGUGAGCAGGGGAUUGUGGGUUUUGGUAUUGGUGUAGCCGUUGCUGGAGCCACAGCCAUUGCCGAGAUCCAGUUUGCUGAUUACAUCUAUCCUGCUUUUGACCAGCUCGUCAACGAAGCAGCAAAGUACCGCUACCGCUCUGGCAACUUGUUUGACUGCGGCAACCUCACCAUUCGGGCUCCUUGGGGGUGUGUUGGCCACGGAUCACUUUACCACUCUCAAAGUCCAGAGGCCUUCUUCGCCCACUGCCCUGGCCUCAAGGUUGUAAUACCUCGUGGACCAGUGCAGGCCAAGGGGCUGCUUCUCGCCUGCAUUGCUGACCAGAAUCCAUGCAUAUUCUUUGAGCCCAAGAUCCUGUACAGAUCAGCAGUGGGACAAGUUCCUGUGGAGUCCUAUACCAUCCCACUGUCACAAGCUGAGGUCCUACAGGAAGGGAGUGACGUCACCCUGGUUGCCUGGGGGACACAGGUCCAUGUGAUAAAAGAGGUGGCCAACCUGGCCCAAGAGAAAUUGGGCUUGUCAUGUGAGGUCAUUGAUUUACAGACCAUCCUGCCAUGGGAUACCGAAACCAUUUGCAAGUCGGUGGUAAAAACUGGGCGUUUGCUCAUUAGUCAUGAGGCUCCAGUGACCGGAGGCUUUGCUGCUGAAAUCAGCUCCACAGUACAGGAGGAGUGCUUCCUUAACUUGGAGGCUCCUAUCAGUAGAGUCUGUGGUUACGACACACCAUUCCCCCACAUCUUUGAACCUUUCUACAUCCCAGACAAGUGGAAAUGCUUUGAUGCAAUCAAAAGGAUGAUCAACUACUGAACCCUCAUGAGAGUCAACGUCUGGUGGGCCUGAACUCCACGCUCUCCCUCUUUUCCUCUUCAUUUAUCCAAUCAGUGGAGAGCAGCCAGGAAAAGACAUUUUUUCACCAUCAAAUCAGGAAGCACUAUCCAGAUGUCCCUCUGUGUCAUCCCGCUAAAAGACUGUUACAGUACCUCUGGAGUAGUAUGAAACCCUAUUCUGUUGCAGUGGAAAAUGACCUGAUCCAAUCGAUGAAACUCUACAUUGGCUUCACUCCUAAAUUAAAGUUGGAUACCCUGGGUGAAAUAAAUUUUUGGUGGCAUUUGUUGCUUUCUGCCUUUCUGUCCUGUUAUGUUUGAUUAAAUGUGCCCAGGUUUGCCCUGGAAUCUUUAAUUUGACAUUAAUUUAACCGUAUUGUUCUAAUAGCAUAGAUCUGUGGUUUGUAAGACAAAUAAACAAUUUAUCAUGGUAAUCUG